AUGCCAAGCAUUCGCAAUACCGACGACAAGUUCAAGAAGCCGCAGCAAAUCGUCGGUAGACCAGAGGUCACCGACCAUGACAUCAACGAGUCUUAUAUGCGAAAUCCACCUCAUAAUCUAGAGCUGAGUGCUGCAGCGCGCAAACCCGGACCUCCGCAAAAAGCGACAGAACAAGCAGCCAAGGAUAGGAGACCUGCUAUUGUCAAUGAAGACCAGGAGGUCCUUGGAAUAAACGAAGCAACAGGGCGAGAGAAGAAGGCGGAGGAUUUGGCAGAGGUUGUUCAGCACGACUCGUUGAACCCUAAUGACUCGCUUUUCUAG